GUGUGUCCGACCGACCGACGCGUACUUAUGUACAUGUGUAUGUUCAUAUGUACAUAUGUUCGUAUACUAUUCAGCGUUUGGUUGUUGCAGUUAUAGCUUUGUUGUAUGUAUGUGAUGUGUUUCGGGUCUCAAGUAAAUUAAAAGGUUAAGUAACAUGUAGUUACCUAAUUUAUUUUUUGAAUAUAAGCCAUCCCCGAACCACUAGUCACAUCUCAGUUGCUACUUGGCACCAUUUCAUACACAUCGAGCUGAGUAUAACCUUUCAUGAGCUCUUGAUAACGUCAACCUGGUCCAAAUACGAGUCGUUCAGCUAUUAUAUAACACCAGUAACAGUAAAUAAUAAUAAAAAGCAAUGGGACUAGGAUUAGGAUUGACAGAUCAAGAUUUUGGGUUUGAGAAAGUGACCAAAGUUAAAGAUCUUCUUCCCGUUUUAAAGGAAAGGCUUCCAAAUUCAUGUAAUGUAAUCAAUAUGGCCAAAAAUUAUCACAAAUUCCAAAACGAAAUGACGUUUUACAUUUUACGAGCUCCACGUGACACUCCCAACGACGACCUUUGGAUUAUUGUUACCUACGCUCGAGAGGACUAUGGAAUCGAUAUCAACAUUUCUGCUCCGAGAAACUUGAAUUUCAGUGCAGAAUUCAAAACGGCGUUGGUCACUUCUGGCGUGAUUGAGUGGGACGAGCCCUUCAUUUUUGCCGCGACGGAUGCCAGCAUUUGCAAUUUAAUUCAGGAUGCAGUUCAGGAAGCAACAGGGAAGGACCCAAGUGCUGGCGAAAACCUCAUGUUCUACGCGUCCCCUCAGUACCACCCACUCGUGACCCAGUUCAGCGUGGGAUCAACGAUAGAGGUGAAACCGUUGGAUGUAAACGACGGAGCCAAAUUUCUCGUCGAGAACUGGCCGUUCGCAAGGACAGGAAGUCACGCAUAUGUUCGGAAGCUUAUCGAGAGAAAUUGCUCCUCGGGUGUAUACGUUGACAAUAGGUUGGUCUGUGGUGCUGCAUUAAAUGGCAGUGGAAUGAUCACCAUGCUGCACACACUUCCAGAAUUCAGACACAAAGGAUACGCAACAUUAUGCAUGAAUUACUUUGUGCAAACCUUAUUCAAAGAUAAUCUCAUUCCGUGUUGUACUGUUGAGACGACAAACAUCGCUUCCAUUAGUCUCCAGAGAAAAAUAGGACUUCAAGUGUCUCACGAUGUCUCAUACAUUCCAAGAAGUUAGUCCUGCAUGAGCCUGCAUGGCGUAUGAAGUUUAUUACUAAAGUCUUAUUUUAACGAAUAACAUUGAUUUCCAUUUUUGAUUUGCUUACGGAAUAUGACUUGUAAUAACGUGUACAUAAGAGAGUCUAUAUUAAGUGAUUUUAAAUGAAAACAAAAUCCAAGCUAUUUAUGUAAUAUUACAGCUUUUUUUAUAUCAUAAUAAGUAUGUAAUUAGGUUGGGUAAGGUUAGGUUAGCCACAAUAUAAUGAAGCUACUCUAUCAACUCAAAUAUUCCAGAUAAAAUAUUAACAUUUGGCAAUAAACAAACAAUAACCCUUUUUUACAAAUA